AUGGCUCCCCGUCCACGACAGAGUGGCAAUGACACCGACGCGUCAAUGCCAGAUGCCCCAGGGCAGAACCCACCUUCGCAAGCGGCCGACGAUAUGGACGUUGACGAAACCCCUGAUUAUACCGACUCGGACACAAACCCUAACACCACUGCCAGCAGCGUAGCUGGUGAACCUGUCGCCGAUGGCCGAAAGAGGCGCUCAGAAGCCAAUCAGUUACGUAGGAGUAUCUUUGGCAAGAAGCACGACCGGCUGGGCGAGUCAAAGGAAGAUGACACAUUGCGCCGAUUCCGAUACCUUUUGGGUUUGACUGACCUGUUUCGCCACUUCAUCGAGACGAACCCGAAUCCCAAAAUCCGAGAGAUUAUGGCCGAGAUCGAUCACCAGAAUGAGGAAGAGUCCAACCAAAGGAAAGGUGGUGGUCGCCAGGGCGGCGCUACUAGCGAGAGACGUCGCCGGACCGAGGCGGAAGAAGAUGCUGAGCUCCUCAAGGACGAGAAGCACGGCGGUUCUGCCGAGACCGUUUUUCGCGAAUCCCCCGGCUUCAUUCAGGGCACUAUGAGGGACUACCAGAUUGCCGGCUUGAACUGGCUGAUUUCACUCCAUGAAAAUGGUAUCUCCGGUAUCCUCGCCGACGAGAUGGGCUUGGGCAAGACGCUACAGACGAUCUCUUUCCUCGGUUACCUGCGUCACAUCAUGGGCACCACGGGCCCCCAUCUCGUCACGGUCCCCAAAUCCACCCUCGACAACUGGAAGCGAGAGUUUGCCAGGUGGACUCCGGAGGUCAACGUGCUCGUUUUGCAGGGCGCCAAAGAGGAGCGUCAGCAGCUGAUCAACGAACGGUUGGUUGAUGAGAACUUUGAUGUCUGUAUCACCAGUUACGAGAUGAUCCUUCGCGAGAAGGCCCAUCUGAGGAAGUUUGCGUGGGAGUACAUCAUCAUCGACGAAGCCCACCGGAUCAAGAACGAGGAGUCAUCGUUGGCUCAAGUCAUCCGCAUGUUCAACUCGAGAAACCGCCUCUUGAUCACCGGUACCCCGCUCCAGAACAACCUGCACGAACUCUGGGCACUUCUUAACUUCCUCCUCCCCGAUGUGUUCGGAGACGCAGAAGCCUUUGACCAGUGGUUCUCGGGCCAGGAUCGGGACCAGGACACCGUUGUUCAGCAACUGCACCGUGUGCUGCGGCCGUUCCUCCUUCGCCGCGUCAAAAGUGACGUAGAAAAGAGUCUGCUGCCCAAGAAGGAGGUCAACGUCUACAUUGGCAUGUCAGAGAUGCAGGUCAAGUGGUAUCAAAAGAUUCUCGAGAAGGAUAUCGAUGCGGUCAACGGAGCGGGCGGAAAGCGCGAGUCCAAGACGAGACUCCUCAACAUCGUCAUGCAGCUUCGCAAGUGUUGCAACCAUCCGUACCUCUUCGAAGGCGCCGAGCCCGGCCCUCCUUACACGACCGACGAGCAUCUCGUCUACAACGCCGGCAAGAUGAUUGUUCUUGACAAGCUGUUGAAGCGGAUGCAAAAACAGGGAAGCCGCGUGCUCAUCUUUUCCCAGAUGAGCCGUCUGCUAGACAUCCUUGAGGAUUAUUGUGUGUUCCGCCAAUACAAAUACUGCCGCAUUGACGGUAGCACGGCACAUGAGGAUCGUAUCGCCGCCAUCGAUGAUUAUAACAAGCCGGACUCCGAGAAGUUUGUUUUCUUGUUGACGACGCGAGCCGGUGGUCUUGGCAUCAACUUGACCACAGCCGACAUCGUUGUCCUCUAUGACAGCGAUUGGAAUCCCCAGGCCGAUUUACAAGCCAUGGACCGAGCUCACCGUAUCGGCCAGACCAAACAGGUGGUUGUUUACCGCUUUGUCACGGAUAAUGCCAUCGAGGAGAAGGUCUUGGAGCGCGCGGCGCAGAAGUUGCGCCUCGAUCAGCUGGUCAUUCAGCAAGGUCGUGCUCAAGCGGCAGCCAAGGCGGCAGCCAACAAGGACGAACUGCUCUCCAUGAUUCAGCACGGUGCAGAGCGUGUAUUUCAGACAAAGGGGGCGUUUGGGUCACUGGCAGAGAAGGGCAACGAGCUGAACGAUGACGACAUCGACGAGAUCUUGCAAGCUGGCGAGUCCCGGACUAAGGAGCUCAAUGCCAGGUAUGAGAAACUGGGCAUCGACGACCUCCAAAAGUUUACAUCGGAGUCGGCCUACGAAUGGAAUGGCGAAGACUUUGCCGCGCGCAAGAAGGAUAUCGGGAUUAACUGGAUCAAUCCAGCCAAGCGUGAGCGCAAGGAACAGAUUUACUCAAUCGACAAGUACUACAAGCAAGCCUUGCACACUGGCGGUAGGACCGCCGAUGCGAAACCGAAAGCGCCCCGGGCGCCCAAGCAAGUUCCGGUCCACGACUACCAGUUCUAUCCCCCCAAGCUCCGCGACCUCCAAGACCGGGAGACAGCAUACUAUCGCAAGGAGAUUGGGUACAAGGUUCCUCUCUCGGACGGCGACGAUGAGAACCUGUCAGAGCGCGAGGCCGAGAGGGCACUUGACCAGCAGGAGAUUGACAAUGCCACGCCCCUCACCGAGGAGGAGCAAGAGGAGAAGCAGACGCUUGCCCAACAAGGGUUCGGUGAUUGGAACCGACGUGACUUCCAGCAAUUCAUCAACGGCUCUGGGAGAUAUGGGCGUCAAGAUUACGAAGGCAUUGCUAUGGAAGUCGACAGCAAGACAUCCCAGGAGAUCAAGACGUACGCCAAGGUCUUCUGGCAGCGAUACACCGAAAUUGCCGACUACAACAAGUACCUCAAGAUCAUCGAGGACGGCGAGGAACGAAUGCGCAAGAUUGAACACCAGCGCAAGAUGCUGCGGAAGAAAAUGAGCCAGUACCGUGUGCCGCUGCAGCAACUCAAGAUCAGCUAUUCUGUUUCGACCACCAACAAGAAGGUGUACACAGAGGAGGAGGACCGAUUCUUGCUCGUGCUUUUGGACAAGUACGGCGUAGAUUCGGAGGGAAUCUACGAGCGAAUUCGAGAUGAGAUUCGGGAGAGCCCGCUCUUCCGAUUCGAUUGGUUCUUCCUGAGCCGGACGCCGACUGAGCUCGGUCGUCGUUGCAACACGCUCCUCACAACGGUUGUCAAGGAGUUUGAGGAUGUCAACACGACCAAGGCGAAUGGCGUGAACGGCAAGUUCAAGCGGGAACUGGAUGACGACGAGAAUGACGAGGACAGCAUCCUUGGUUUGGCCCCGGCUAAGAAGAAGACGAAGGCGAAUGGCGUCAAGAACAAGGCUCUUGACAAUGUGAAGUCGGCAGCGGGUAGCAAGGCCAACUCGACAUCGCCCUCGCGGGCAUCAAGUGUUGGGUCCACGGCUUCGAAUGCCGCUGGCACUAAGGCCAAGUCCAAGGGCAAGAAGAAAUAA